UGCGGGCGCCGAGUCCGUCCUCGCCGGGUUCGGGGCGGGCGGGCGGCGGUGGCGGGGCCGGUGGCAUGAGCCGCGCGGCCGGCGGAGCGCGGGAGCCGGAGCCGAGAGGGGGUCAUGGCCAGCACCGUGGUCGCCGUGGGACUGACGAUUGCGGCGGCAGGAUUCGCAGGCCGCUAUGUUCUGCAAGCCAUGAAACACGUGGAGCCCCAAGUGAAGCAAGUUUUCCAGAGUCUGCCGAAAUCUGCCUUCAGUGGGGGCUAUUAUAGAGGUGGAUUUGAAGCCAAAAUGACAAAACGGGAAGCUGCAUUAAUACUAGGCGUCAGUCCUACUGCCAACAAAGGAAAAAUAAGAGAUGCCCAUCGACGAAUUAUGCUUUUAAAUCACCCAGACAAAGGCGGAUCUCCCUAUAUAGCAGCCAAAAUCAAUGAAGCUAAAGAUUUACUAGAAGGUCAAGCUAAAAAAUGAAGUGAACUUGAACUUCUUUACUAGUUUAUGUAUGCUCAAAUUUUUAUAAUAAAAUGCCUCUAAGCUACAAAUUCAAGAAUGAUCUAGCACAAGCUAAGUCCAAGCCUUGAUAUAGUAGGUUUGUUACGAGAAUUCAAAGUCAGAUUAUUUGUAAAUUAAAAUACUUGGAGAUCAAAAGUUUAAUCACUGUAAAUAUAUGUAAGUAUUGUUACUCAAUAAUCUGCUUCAAGAAGUGAACAAGACGGUCUCAAGGAGCCCCUGGUCUAACGGCAUAUGUGACAGUGUGCCAGGCAGACGGCUGGAGUCAGAUUCCAGGGAAACCAGACCCAAACCUAGGUCCUACAAGCACGUUGUGGUGGAGCUGGAGACCAGUUUGAUCCACACCAUGCGGUGCACCCAUCCCCAGCACUGCCGGGGUGCCCCUGUGCAUCCUGACUGGGUCACUCCACAAAGACCACAGUGAGUGAGCAGGCAGGUGUGUUCCCCCCCAAACAAAAAUCUACAGAAUAGGGGGCUUUUCCUGGAAUACAGCCAACCUAGGUUCGCUUUUGGCAUCACCUACAAACCCAAAAUACUUUUCUGCAGAACUCAGCACCACUGCGUGUGGCAAAAGAAAAAAAAAAUUCUUGUGGGAUUCUAUGCCACAGAAUAGAUUCUGUGGGCAUGUUGGGAGGAAAGACUAUUCUUAAACUUGCUCUAAUGCUUAAAACCUUCAAAACUGAAUUUGGCCACAACUUCAGGAAACAAUAAGACACAUAUUACUGAUAAUAAAAACAGUAUGAUGUAAGAUUUGAAAGUAGGAUCCAUUUUUAAUCUCUCAAGUACUCCAGGUAGCUGAUUUUAGGGGCUUUUAAAUUACAUUUAAAAAGCAUUUUGCAUAAUUGUGUUUCAGCUUACACAAUAAAACUUAUACAAUGCUCUCCGUUAUCAAAAUGCUCAGCUUGGAGCUUUUAAGAAGUUGACAUUUGGGGUAAAAGAUAGCUCAGUGCAGCUGGAGCACCUGCUUUGCUCACUCCUAGUGGUCCAGGCUUAAUUCCAGUUGCCACAGUUCCCCAACUGCCAGAAGUGACCUCUGAGGACAGAGCUAGGUACGUGCGCGUGCGCGCACACACACAUAGGCCUGGGCUUAAUCACCGGCACUUCUGAAGCACCACUGGAUGAUCUAGGAAAAAGGGAUAUUGUUUAGUUCUACGUUAUUUUAAAAAUCUUAUAAGAGAAAAUAGGUCCAAAUAAUCUUAACAUUAGCUUUAGGAUUUAUGGCCACUUCAAAGUUGGCUUAUCAGUGUAUCUGCUCUUUGGACUUGCUUUCCAUGGUUUCUCUGCUUAAAAUUUGACCAAGUCCAUUUGAUAGGACUUAAAGUAUGAAAACGAGGAAAUACCAGCUCUUCUACAGGAUAUUUCUGUUAAUUCCGCAUGCAAAGAGGUAUAAAACUAGGUAUCUAAGGUAGUUUAUUAUAAAGUCAUUGUGAAUAUUAAUUAACCAUUGUUUCCAGGGGAAUUUGUUUCCAUGAGACUCAUCACAAAAUCUGUCAACCAAUUUAAAACCUUGCUUUAUGUUUGAACUUAAAAAUAGUACUGUUAACAUUCAGCUGAUAGCCAACAGCAAAGAACGUAGGCACAUCAGUCAUCUUCUGUUUUAUAACUUCAGAAAGGACUUCACUAAACCUGUAAAUCAUUGUGAGCAGAAAAAUCACCCAGAAAUAUGAAAAACUUGACACUACACAGAUCACAAAAAACAUGCUGAUAGUAUUUAAACUGGAAUAAGGCAGAAACUACACUGAGAUGCUUCAAUAUUUUAAUCCUCCACAUGUCCACCAACGGCCAGGAAAGAUAAGCAGCCCAAGUGUCAAUAUCAGGGUUACAAAUUAAAAGGAAUUGCUGAUAAUGAGGCUCAUGUGUUCUGACUUGCUAAGUUUUUAUUUUGUACUUUUGGACUAAUCACAAUUUCUAUCAACGAGAGUUUAAGGAAAGUUAUGAAACUUUAAAAGCAAAUUAAAACCUCAGGACAACAUGAG